UAUAGAUCUUUAGAUAUCUUAGUUUUAAAAAGAAAGCAACUAUGGAAUCUAUGACUAUUUUUGGCAAUAUAAAUUAUUAAUCUAUCGUCAUAGAAUGUAUUAGAUACAAUCAAAGAGUUUAAUUUUAUAGACGAUUGCAACGCUUUUUAAUCGUGCCAGCAUACAUUGCAUUUAUUAUUUGCAAAUGUCCGGUGAUUAAUCGUUUUCGAUCUCGGUCAAACUCGUACGUUCUCAAAAGCGCUUACAUUACAUUAACAGUGUUACUGAUAGAUAUCAGCUGUUCUAGUAAAUAAAGAAGGCAUUUCGAUAUGGACAUCGUUGAAAAUGUUACGAAAAAUCAAGAAAACAAUAAAGAAAAUGUAUGUAUAUCAGAAGAAAAGAGGAAUUGUUUAUCCGAAAUAUGUGAAGGAAGUGAAAAUUGGUAUUAUAUGCCGGAUUCUAUUCUUUUAAAUAUUUUUCAAUAUUUAACACCAAAAGAAUUGACAAUUGCUGGAGAAGUAUGUAAAUCAUGGUAUAGAGUAUCGCAUGAUGAAUUUCUUUGGAAAGAUCUGUUCUAUCAAACAUACAAAAUAGACCCGGACAUCGGCAUUAUGCCAGGAAAAACUUCAUGGUUAGGAGAAUUCAAACGUUUAACAUAUCAUACACCACUUUUAGAAACAGAAGUACUUAAGGAACAUUCCCAUCAAGUUUUACAUGUUAGUUUUUCACACAAUGGAAAAAUGUUUGCUACUUGUUCAAAAGAUGGAUACAUUUUUGUUUGGGAAAGUCAAUAUCCUGUUAGUAUAAAAUAUCUUCAUGAUAUGAAAACAUUUAGUUGGAAAUAUACACAAUUUUCACAAUUCAAUUCUUCUGAUACUUUGCUGCUUGUUUCUGGUGUACAUUUUGGAACUCCUCUCAGUACUUCGGGUGAAAUAGCAGUAUUUAGAUUAGCACCUGGAUUUGAUCUUCAAUGUAGAGUAAUAAAUAAACCUUAUGAUAUAUUUGGUACAUGGUACAGUGAACAUUACCUUAUAAGUGGAAAUUUAUGUUGGUUAGCACAUUUAGUUAGUACUAGUCUCUUAUGGCUUAAUAAGGCAAAUCAAGAAACAUCUAGUGAACAUGUACCUAUUAUGACACAAUUAUUUAGAUUUUACAAUGGUAAUGCAUCAUCACUUCGAGCAAUAAUGAUAGCUAACUGUUUGACACCUGAACAAAAUGAAUCUGAAGAACAACAUAAUCAGCCUUCAUCUUCUAAUAUUAAAGAAGAAAGAGGAAAUCCACCAAGUCAUAAAGAUAUUUCAUCUGCAUCUUCUAAUGACACUUUACAAGAAGAACCUGUUGUUCUUCGUCAUGCAUCAUCCAGAUUACAAUAUAGUACAUUGGAAGGUGGAUUCAUGAAUUGGAAAAAACUUGGUGAUGGUUUUGAAUAUGCUAAUCCUAUACAAUAUAAUCAGGAAUAUAGACAAGUAGAAAUGGAAAAAAAAGCACAUGAAAAUGACAAAAAAAGUGAAAAGUCUUUGUGGAAUAAAUCUGGAAAAUCAUCAAAUAUAAAAGAAAGUGAAGACGAGUUAUCAAAUAAUUGUGAAAAAUAUCUUAUUUUUACAACUGGAUCAAAAACUUAUACACCUCAUCAGGUGGGUUUCAAGAGAAUAAAAAAUGUAAAAUUCCCUGCACGAUUAGAUCCAGGACCAUCAUUACGUGAAAGAAUAGAACAAAGAGAAAGAGAACGAGAAAGACAAAAUUCUUAUGCAUUUAUUACUAAUUGGUUGGAUUAUGAAUCUGUAGCUGAUCAAUUUGAUAAAGUAGAUCACUUAAUUGAUUUGCAUGGACAUAUUAUAGGGAUGGGAUUAUCUCCAGAUCAUAGAUAUUUGUACGUGAAUACAAGACCAUGGCCCCGAGGUUACGUUAUUACAAAUCCAUUACAACCUCCGCCGAUAGCUCAAGAAAUUGAUAUACAUGUUAUUGAUUUAGUAACAUUAAAGCAAGUUGGUACCAUGCUAAGAGCUCAUAAGGCAUAUACACCAAAUAAUGAAUGCUUCUUUAUUUUCCUUGAUGUAUGCAAUGAAUAUGUAGCCAGUGGAGCUGAAGACAAACAUGGUUAUCUUUGGGACAGACAUUAUGGAGUAUGUUUAGCUAAAUUUCCUCAUUCUGAUGUUGUUAAUUCUGUUGCUUUCAAUCCAUGUGAUCCUGAAAUGUUAGUCACAACUAGCGAUGAUUUUACUGUUAAAGUUUGGCGUAGUCGAGCUGUAGUUCAUUCAUUAGGAUUAAAUGAAGAUUCUUUCCGUAGAGGUAUGGAAGUACGUAAUAGGCGAAAAUUUCGAAAAAGUAGUUGUAAUAUUGAUUGACUAAAGACUAUUAAAUUUCCAAUUUAAAUUUCUAUUUAAAAUUUUAAAAAAUAUAUUAAAUUACUUAUACCUUCUAUUUAAAUGUGUAAUAUAUUAAUAUAUGAAUUCAUAAAUUCUAUUUUUAAUUAAAUAGAAUUUAAUAAUAGGAUACAUAUGGUUACACAUUUAUAAAUAUAAUAUUAUAGAUAUUUAUAAUUAUCUAUAGAUAUUAACAAUUAAACUACAAAUGUUACAUAUAACAAUUAAAAACAAAUAUUACAUAUAUUUUAUUUAUAGAAUAUUAUCCUUAAGUAAAGAAAGAAUGAUUUUGCUGUAUAAUGAUAUUUAUUAUAAUUGGAAUAUUUAUAUAAUUUUUUUAUAAUCAAUCCAAAAAUUUUCAAAUAAUUUUAUUCAUUUUUUUUGUCGUUUUGUAAGUACUUAAAGAUAAAUUAUUCUUUCGAAAAUAAGUUAUAUAUUUUUAAAUAUUUAAAAAUAAAUCUUUUCUAAAUUUUUAUAACAAAUUUAAUUGACAAUAUUUUAUGUUUAGAUAAUAUUAAUAAUAAGAUAAUAUUUUCUGACUGAUAUUUUUAAAUUAAUUUAGAAUAAGUUUUGAUGGUACACAAAUGUUUAAUAUAUAUAAUUAACAGUUACUGAAAUAAUUCUCAUUAAAAUAAAAAUGUAAGAUUAAAAUGUUUUAUAAUUUUACUCAAAUAAAAAAAAAGAGAUAAAAAAUUAAGAAUUUUUAAUUAUUUUACAUAUAUAUAUAUAUAUAUAUAUAUAUAUAUAUAUAAAUAAUGUAUCAUCAGAACUAUAUGAAUAACUAUUUAUAAGUAAUAUAUUUUAAAUAAAAAAAUUUACUUUUAAUUAAAAUGAAAUUAAUAUUUUAAAAAAAAUUAUAUUAACAAAAAUAUUAUAUAAGAAAAAAAAAGCCAAUUAAAAAAAGAAUUGUUUUUAUGUUACAAAUAUUUAACAUAUUUACUUAUAUAUUUACUUAAAUAUUAUAAUACAAUAAGAGAUAUAUGUGUAAUAAAUAUAAAAGAUAAUCAAGAAUCGUUACGAUAGAUUGUUAAGAGAGAGAAAUUUACAUUUAAAGUUAUAUGUAAUUAUUUCGUUAAGAAUUUCAAAUCUAUAAUAAACUUUAAUACUUACAAUAUUUUUGUAAUUUGUUUUAGAAUAACUAUUGAAAAACUAUAAAAUAAUAUACAUGUUCUAUACUUUGUGAUAUAGGAACUAUAAUUAAUUCUAUGGAAUUAUAUAUUAAUUCUAUUUCAAUGAAAAAAUGUACAUAUUUUUAUUUUUAAAUUAUUUAAAAAUCACUAGCUAUUGUUAAUAAAUUCAUUUUUAACUAUAUAUUAUAUAAAUAUCAAAUCAUGUAACAUUAAUUAACGAUAUAAUAAAUAAAAAUCUAUUUUGUUUUUUCUUUUACUUUCAAUAAU